GUGUGCGACUCGAAGCGCUACUUCCGGUCCUGUCCUGUUUACCUGACACUCGGCUGAGUUUUCUGAAUAUGACGGAACAAAAAGCAGAGAACAUCAGCUCCAUCCCUAUCGACGGGUUCAGCAAAUUAAGAAUAACGUCGAUAUGGACGUUUCUCAUGUCGGUGCAGUGGUCGGAGCCGUGGCUCAUCGGGCUGCUGCUGUUCCAUGCUGUGUGUUUGCUGCUGACUGCGGUGACCUGCAGAUAUUACAGGGCUCAGAUCUGCCACUUCCUGCUCAUAGUCGGCCUGGUUUACGGUGCUGAAUAUCUGAAUGAGCUGGCAGCCAUGAACUGGAGGUCCUUUUCUAAUUUCCAGUACUUUGAUUCCAAGGGAAUGUUCAUAUCGUUGGUCUUCUCAAUUCCUCUUCUGCUCAAUGCAGUCAUCAUUGUGAUGGUGUGGGUGUACAGGACCUUUUCCACUAUGACUGAACUAAAGACACUUCAGCUGAAGAGAAAGGCUCGCAGAGAGAAGAGAGAGAAGAGCGACUGAUCCGUCUCCUGUUCACCGUAAAUGGGCUUCAAAGGAAGCCGUUUGAAAUCUAUCCUUCACUAAUCCUGAUGUUUGGGAAAGGAAGGCAGAUUCCUUCCUGUGGCUUCAAAAGGAUAGUUGGUGGAUGUGAGGAGUGGAGGUGUAACCCUGACCCGGACUCCACGGUACACGACGGGACUCGUGAGGACCAAAGGACAGUCACUGUUUUGUAUUUAAUGUUGUUUUAAAAGGUGUUGAAAUGUACAAACGAGAUU